CAAAAACGUCAUAUUGAAUAGUUUAGUCUCCUAUUCAGUCUCUGCCUAAUCGUCUUUGGUAUAUCGAUCUCUCCAACGGCUAAAGAGCAGCUUGGACAUAUCCUGGAGCCCAGAGUCUCGUUGUAAUCCAGCACUUGUUAUGUCUUCAUAUGAGAUCUUGACUCCUGGACGUGUGGAGCAGUUCAAACGCGAUGGCUACUUAGUCAUCCCAAAAUUUCUAUCCGACGAGCAAGUGAAUGGGCUUCUCAAACGUUCGAAGGAGUUACUUCAAGAGUUUGAUCUUGAAGACCACCCGAUGACUCGAUUCACGACAGGCGAAGAAAACGACGAAAAGAAACACGUUGGUGACGACUAUUUUCUAACUAGCGGAGACAAGAUUCGGUUCUUUUUCGAGGUGGACGCAUUCGGACCAGAUGGGAAGCUCAACAGGCCAAAAGGGCUCUCUGUGAACAAGAUGGGGCACGCUCUCCAUGAACUCGACCCUGCUUUCCGAGCGGUGACUCUGCAGAACGACCAAUUGAAAAAGAUCGCCCGUGAUCUAAAUUUCCACAAGGAUCCUGCGGUUCUACAGAGCAUGGUGAUAUUCAAACAGCCAUCCAUUGGGGGCGAGGUAUCAGAACACAAUGAUUCCACCUUUCUGUAUAGCGACCCACCUUCGGCUCUUGGGUUUUGGUUCGCGUUGGAGAAAUGCACCGCCGAGAACGGUGCUUUAGGCUUCGUUCCUGGAUCGCACUUGACAAUCCCUAUUACUAAGCGUUUUGUUCGCCUUCCUAAAGGUGGAACAGGGUUUGAACAAUUGCGAGAUCUUUAUCAAUUGCCAUCCAAAGGCGACUAUAAACUCGUGACAUGCGAUGCAGGUGACUUGUUGCUCAUUCACGGCUCAGUCAUGCACAAAUCGGAGAAGAAUCUCAGCUUGAAGACGCGCUAUGCAUACACAUUCCAUAUGAUAGAAAGCGCUCCUCAUGCGAAGUGGGAUGAGAAAAAUUGGCUCCAGCCAACAUCAUCAAUGCCAUUCUCCAAACUGUUUUCGGCUUCCUCAGAUGCGUCCUCAUAAACAGGAUACAAAAUCUUGUUUUCUUACAAGUGAUAACUAUCUGUACGCUCAUGCUUUCUCUGCCUUGGGUCCUUUCCUUUUCCUCCUAUGCAAUCUGCGUGAUCUUUGCCCGCCGGAUGAUGGGUUCAGGUGUUAAAUGGCCUAGCUCAUCAAUCAAAGCUGGAAGGAAUGUCCCUGUACCCGGACAUCGGGCCGUUCUCCGGCAAUCUCGGAUGCGAUUGUUAUUGCCAGAACCCUAGCCGAAAUAUAAUCAUAGUUGAGUUUCAAGGAUGGCACUUACCCUGCCACAGCGCCUAGAAGCAUAUCGCCCAGGACAAGUCUGCCAUCAGAUGCAGAUGACUCGGCAAGGCCACGCCUGGCAAGAAUGUUUACGGUUCCACAGUAUGUGGCAAUGGCAGAGCCGACGAUGCAGCCACUAGCUGUAAUCCCUGGUAAUAGAUGGUGGCCGUUACUCAAUUUGAUAACGGAU